UUUUGAUAAUUCUUCUUUCUUAGUUGCUCGGUUCAUCUUCAGAUGCACAGACACAUUCUGAAGAAAAGAUUUGAGGAAUCGAAGUGAAAAAAUGCAAACGUUAGACUUCGAAAACACGAGACAUUACUACUAUCCAAACGGCACAGAGACGCCGUACGGAGGACAGUCGUCGGAGAAGACGAAGAGCUAUUACGAGGAAGAUCAACCUUACGUGGAGAUCACGCUUGAUAUCCACGACGACUCCGUCUCCGUUUACGGUUUAAAGUCACCGGACCAUAGAGGCGCUGGAUCGGAUCAAUCGCUUCUUAGACCAGGUCGUUCAUCGAGGAGUAGCUCGGUGUUGAAACGCAUAGCUUCUUCCGUUUCUAGCGAGCUUAAACGAGUUGCUUCUUCCGUUUCAUCUAGAAAACCACCGAGGCCGCAGCAGGCUAGGCUACGCCGUUCGAAGUCUAGAGCGGAGUUAGCACUCAAAGGUCUCAAAUUCAUCACCAAGACUGAUGGCGUCACUGGUUGGUUUGAAGUUGAGAAACAGUUCAAUGAGAUUACAAAGACUAGCAACGGUUUAUUACACCGUUCCAAAUUCGGUGAAUGUAUAGGGAUGAAGUCGACCGAGUUUGCGUUGGCAUUGUUUGAUGCUUUAGCGAGGAGGGAAAACGUAAUUGGAGAUUCAAUAAACAUGGAUGAGCUUAAAGAGUUCUGGAAGCAGAUCACUGAUCAAGAUUUUGAUUCGAGGCUUCGAACUUUCUUUGCCAUGGUCGAUAAGGAUUCAGAUGGACGGUUGAAUGAAGCCGAAGUUAGAGAGAUUAUAGCCUUAAGUGCUUCUGCAAACGAGCUGGAUAAUAUUCGGAAACAAGCUGACGAAUACGCUGCUUUAAUUAUGGAAGAACUAGAUCCCUUUCAUUAUGGGUACAUCAUGAUAGAGAAUCUCGAGAUACUUCUAUUGCAAGCCCCCAUCGAGGAUGUGAGAGAUGGGGAGAGUAAGAAGCUGAGCAAGUUGCUAAGUCAUAAUCUCAAGGCUCAGCAGAGUAGGAAUCUCGGGGUGCGUUUUUACAGAUGGAUGAAGUAUUUUGUGUUUGAUAAUUGGAAGAGAGUGUGGGUGAUCGCUUUAUGGUUAGGUGCUAUGGCCGGGCUGUUCACCUGGAAGUUCAUGCAGUAUCGAAAAAGAUCAGAUGCUUACCAAGUUAUGGGAGUGUGUGUCUGUAUAGCUAAAGGAGCUGCAGAGACGCUUAAACUAAACAUGGCUAUGAUUUUGUUACCAGUUUGUAGGAACACCAUCACUUGGCUCCGGACAAAAACCAAGUUAGGUGUUAUUGUUCCUUUCGAUGACAGCCUCAAUUUUCACAAGGUAAUGUCAAGCGUCGAGGUCAUAGCAAUAGGAAUUUCAGUUGGAGUUGGAAUCCAUGCUACAUCUCACUUAGCCUGUGAUUUCCCAAGGCUGAUAGCUGCAGAUGAAGACAAGUAUAAGCCAAUGGAGCAGUAUUUUGGGCCACAGACAAAGAGAUAUAUGGACUUUGUGCAAUCGGUAGAAGGAGUUACAGGGAUUGCAAUGGUUAUACUAAUGACCAUAGCCUUCACAUUGGCUACAACAUGGUUCAGACGUGAUAAGCUCAAGCUUCCUGGACCACUGAAGAAAAUAACAGGCUUCAACGCCUUCUGGUACUCUCACCACUUGUUUGUUAUUGUCUACUCACUUCUUGUAGUUCAUGGAUACUAUCUCUACCUCAUCAAGCCAUGGUACAAGAAAACGACAUGGAUGUAUUUGAUGGUACCUGUGGUUCUUUACUUGUUUGAAAGGCUGAUUCGUGCAUUCAGGUCAAGCGUCGAGGCUGUUUCAGUACUAAAGGUGUCUGUGUUACCAGGGAAUGUUUUGUCGCUUCACUUGUCCAGGCCAAACAACUUCAGAUACAAGAGUGGACAAUAUAUGUAUCUCAACUGCUCUGCAGUUUCUACAUUAGAAUGGCAUCCAUUCUCAAUUACCUCUGCCCCGGGAGAUGACUACCUCAGUGUCCACAUUAGAGUUCUAGGAGACUGGACUCGGCAGUUAAGAUCAUUAUUCUCUGAGGUAUUUCCCAUACANCUCUACCUCAUCAAGCCAUGGUACAAGAAAACGACAUGGAUGUAUUUGAUGGUACCUGUGGUUCUUUACUUGUUUGAAAGGCUGAUUCGUGCAUUCAGGUCAAGCGUCGAGGCUGUUUCAGUACUAAAGGUGUCUGUGUUACCAGGGAAUGUUUUGUCGCUUCACUUGUCCAGGCCAAACAACUUCAGAUACAAGAGUGGACAAUAUAUGUAUCUCAACUGCUCUGCAGUUUCUACAUUAGAAUGGCAUCCAUUCUCAAUUACCUCUGCCCCGGGAGAUGACUACCUCAGUGUCCACAUUAGAGUUCUAGGAGACUGGACUCGGCAGUUAAGAUCAUUAUUCUCUGAGCUGUGUAAGCCACACCUUCUGGGUGAAAACAGAUUGAACAUAGCCUCCCCUAGGCACCGGGAUAACACAUCUAACUAUCCAAGAAUCCUAAUCGACGGUCCAUAUGGAGCACCAGCCCAAGACUACAAGAAGUUUGAAGUUGUUCUACUAGUGGGUCUAGGAAUCGGAGCAACACCGAUGAUUAGCAUCGUCAAGGACAUAAUCAAUAAUUUAAAAGGCAAUGGAGAAGGUAGUAACCGAAGACAGUCACCGAUCCACAACAUGGUCUCUCCUCCUCUUUCCCCAGCAAGAAAAAGUGAGGCGUUCAGAACCAAGAGAGCUUACUUCUACUGGGUCACAAGAGAGCAAGGAUCUUUUGACUGGUUCAAGAACGUGAUGGACGAAGUGGCCGAAACAGACCGGAACAACGUUAUUGAACUGCAUAAUUACUGCACCAGCGUCUACGAGGAAGGAGACGCCAGGUCCGCACUGAUUACGAUGCUUCAGUCGCUGAACCAUGCUAAGAAUGGAGUAGACGUUGUGUCAGGAACACAUGUCAUGUCCCAUUUCGCUAGGCCAAACUGGAGAAGCGUUUUCAAAAGGAUCGCUGUGAAGCAUCCCAAGACUAGAGUCGGAGUGUUUUAUUGUGGAGCAGCUGGAUUAGUGAAAGAGCUACGACACUUGUCACUGGAUUUCUCUCAUAAGACCUCCACCAAGUUCAUUUUCCAUAAAGAGAAUUUCUAAGAAAAUCACGUUUGGAAGAUAUCUAUAUAAAUGCUUUAGUUGAAAUUGUACAUAUAUAAUGAGAUUUGAUAUAUAGUUUUUGUUGGUUGUACAAAAAAAAAGAAAGAAAGGAAACUAAACAACAAACACCAGAUCAUGUUUGUCUAUUACUACGCAAACUACAGGACAUUACCUUUCUUCCAAA